UGCGCGCGAUCGGCGCGCCAUUUCUCGUGUGUGCCCGCCGUUCGACGUGUAUCGCGUGUUAUCCACGUUAAUUAAUCGUUUCUGGGGUUAACGAUCCAGGGUGCAAUCGACCGUUCCUCGACAGAUACAAGUGUGAUACAAGUGUAUAUUGCGUGGUUGCAAGGAGACGCUCCGAAUGUGACGCGUGGCUCGAAACGUUAUUGGAAUUGAACAGUGACAAAGUUCGACGAAUUUCAAGUACUCCGAUUCUAUUUUACCAGUGGGAUUCGUACAGUUUAAUGCAUCGAGGUAGAUGUGAAUGACAAAAAGGAUAAGGAUAAGAGAAGUGCAUUCAAACGACAAAAGAGUUAAUUGACCGCGUCAUCAAGCAUUAGACAAUUAAAAAUCAGUACAAAGUUCAAGUAGACAAUUCAAAUAACGUCCUCGUAUUUGAAAAUUUUCCAUCUCUAAGAAUGUAUUAAUGAUUUAAUAUUCUUUGAAUUUACUUCUAAAUAACUGUUCGUGUAACAGACGAAACACGCAAAGGUAACGCGAUGUAAACAAACGUCUCUUGAUAAUCUUCCAGUGUGUCAGUGUUAUGAUGUGAAGCGAAGUGCGAGAACCAGACCCGCGAAUGAAAAACACCCUUCGAGGAAUUUGUUUUGUUACCGAACGUGUUUCUGUGCUGCGAGGCAAUCGAUCGACAAGGACACAUUCGUCUGCAAACCGGUGGACCGUUCAACCUCAUCAACGUUCAGCAGUCGAAAUUGUAUUUGGUGCAGAGCUUGGAAGCAGCCUAUAUACCUGAAGGGUGGUGACGAUGUGAUCGCUGUCGUAGCUGCAUGCAGGGAGGAUUAAUGGACUGGCGGAAUGUCGGGCUGGCAGGAAAUGGGAGCUUUUGAAAAAUAACUGGAGGCAUUGCGGUACGCCGUGAAUCCCGUGACUCAACUAUUCCAUUGUCCCUGAAAGCUAGCUACGGACCAAGGAGGCUCAGAUUACCUCGGCGAGGCGGAAGAGAAACGACGCGCUUCGAAGCUGUUGAUUCAUUCGCGAGGCUCUGAAACGAAAACACGAGCCUCGUGUGUGGAGGAUUCGAGUAAAUUACUGUGUAUCCAGGCUGACCGCGUUAAUCGGCUUUCCGUGCGAACUGCGAGCCAGUUCGAUCGGCGAGAAAUGAGAAGAAGACGAAGCAACGGCAACAACCAAACGAAGAGGGUACGAGGGGUUCGUCGAAGCACGCAGUCGCGGUUUGCAUCGGGAACAUUUAUUCCGGAAAUCCUGUUUGUUGGAAUGAAGCCUUGAAGUUGCCAUCCACUUGCUCACCGCUCGCGUUUCCGUCUGCAUCCUGCAGCUUCGCUCGCGGCUACAUUUAUCUCUUUCUUUCGUUCAUUCUUUCUUCGCGAACGGGCAGAAGAGGUAGAAGAAGAAGAAGAAAAAGGAGGUCGGUAGCUUUACAUCGUACGGAAGAAAGUUUAAGUGACUCAUGGAGACACUCUUGAAAUUCCCUCCGCACCGUUCCUUAAGUUUCUAUUUUCCCGCUAAAGGAAAGAAAGGGGUAAAAGCGGAAGUGCUGCUACGGCCUAGUCAGUGACGUGCUUCACCUCUCUGACGGCGCAUCGAGGCUUAAUCGAUGGAUCUCCUUCACCGACGAACCUCUAAAAUGAACGUUUAACCGAACCAACGAUCUACGCAAAUCUCGUUCACCAUGGAAUAUCCAGAGAUUGGAGUGUCCUCGUUGAAAGCCGUAAAGCAGAAUUAUGGUUAGCAUUACGUCGACGAAUCGUUUAAUAAAAGCAACCCGGAAGCCUAUAAAUAUCUCUUCAACUCAUGCGUGAGGAGGCUAAUAUCCCCGAAAAGUCGUAGAUCUUCGAGGAACGGAUUAAUAUCCUAGAAAAUAAAGAAUUCCAGUGAACGCGAGUGCCCUUUGGAAAAAUGACCCCGAUGGCGAUCGAAUACUCGAACGAUCCUGGAACGUCUUUCGGCGAUCUGCUCGCGUUUGGCCAGCAUUUUCCGAAAGGAUAAUCGAAAGCCUGCGUCUAUGAAAAAGGAAGCUCCCAGAGGUGACACGGCCUUUCGAACGUAAAUCAUUCCACCGUCCAAUGGAGUGUUCAAGACUGGUUCGUGUUUCAAGGAGUCGUAGUUCCGCGAUGCAGAGAUCGCGAAGACGAUCGCGUAGAAGAUCGUCGAGGAGGUUGUUCGCGAUCAUCGUUGAAGAAACACUGAUUUCUCUUCACGAGACAGAUCUCUGAAAGGAUCUACCGUUGACCGCAUUAUUCUUGGUAUGAAAAUCGUGGCUGGUGACUGGAGGUCAGAGGGAGCUGGAAGAAUACCGGGGACACCGUUGUUGAUCUCCCUAUUUCUCUUGCUCAUCCUAUCGAAGGACGCUGACAAAUAGUAAAGGCAGAAUUCGAGUGAUCCAGGGGAGGAAAAAAGUGAGAUAGAAUGGAGAAAGAGAACGCGAGACAUUACAGAGCUUACGAGGGCUUCAAGCCCGCGAACAAUGGGAAUACGUCGUCCUUGAAGAGGUCCACCUCGGAUCGCUCGAAAACGCAUCCGUCGAGACAAGUUAGGUGCCUGUGCUUCGGCGGCGUGCCGGACAAGGCUAGCCAGCACUCCUUCUUGAAGGGUUUUGUUAUAAACCUCGGUAUAUGCGCCCUUCUCGUCGCUUAUACUUUGCUCGGUAGCUUCAUCUUUCUUGCCAUCGAGAGCGGCGCCGACGUCGGGAUACAACAAAGGACACUUGCCACAACAAUAGCCGGGAAUCAGCCUACCAGACGGAACACCACCGCUUGGAUGAAACAGGUUAAUCACGAGGCUCGAGCAAAGACCGUGGAGAAUAUAUGGAUAAUCACGGAGAGUUUGAACAUCCUCUACCGUGAGAACUGGACGAGGUUGGCCGCCCAGGAGAUCGCACGUUUUCAGGAUCAACUGGUGAAGAGGAUCACCGAGGAUAUGAUGGCGACCCAGAACGCCGGAACAUACGUCGGAAGUUCCGCUAGCGACCCUGUCACAGAACGACGAGUGCCGGAAUACGAGUGGAACUUUGCCAAAGCGUUCUUGUACUCCCUCACCGUGCUGACUACGAUCGGUUGCGGGAGCGUUACACCAAAGUCUACAUGGGGUAAGAUCGCAACCAUGGGUUACGCCAGUCUGGGGAUCCCCUUGACUUUGGUUUACCUGUCAAGUGCCGGAGGCCUCUUAUCCAGGUGUGCCAGAGGGGUUUUCACGCGUGCUCUUUGUUGCUGUCUUUGUUCGAAUUGCGGUUAUUGUUGCUACGACGAAAGACGGAUGGAGGAGAAAGAAAGACGAAUGAGGAAGAAGAGACAGCAGGAGGAAUUGGCGCAACAGCAGCAGCAAUUGCAGUUGCAGGAACCCUUUUACGUGCGUGCAAACGCGUCGACGUUCACGAGCACGGUGGAAAUUAAGGCCAGCCCGAAGGAUGAAGUGUCGAGUCUUGGUUCCGGUGACAGACCCAACGUUACCAUACUCGCACCAAUCAGCAUUUGUUUGGGCACGAUGCUCUGUUACAUAGUGGCAGGAGCUUUUACUCUCUACAAGUUUGACGGCUGGUCCUUUGUGGAUGCAAGCUACUUCUGCUUCAUGAGCCUAAGCACAAUUGGGUUCGGCGACAUGGUACCCGGUUCCUACCCACGGCACAGCCUCUACGAGUCCAGGAACGAGACCAUUUGGUUCUGCUCCUGUUACAUAAUGUCCGGAAUGGCGUUGACGGCUAUGUGUUUCAACAUCCUCCACGACGAGAUCGUGCACAGGCUGAGCCAUCAGGCGGAGAAGCAGGAGCCAGUUAAAGCCAGCUCGAGCGUGGACGAACUGUCCACGGAUCCCUUCGCGUUGACCUCGUGACAAUUUCCAUCAGGCAACCUGUGCCACAGGAACGGCACCGACGAGAACGACAUAUGUGGAACCGAACCACCGACCAGCUUGUUCGCCCACGAGAACGAAAUCAAUAUCCUGAAGGACUCUUUCAAUCAAGUGGACGUCACUAGAGACUGCAAGCCGAUCUUGAAGCUCGAGGAUCACGUACCGCCGAUUCCUGGUGUCUAUAUGUUGCCGAAGGUCGACGAGGAAGCCGAAGAAAACACUGAAAUGUAAAACUGUAUCGUUUAUUUUUUUUCUUUUCCUUGUUCCACCCCCAAGUCUGAUGUUUGAUAAAAGUAACGAAGUGAAAGAACCUGUUGAAUGGGUUCGAGGACGUUCUUGAGGAAUAUGUUCCUGAUAGGUACACUCGAUGAAUAUGUAUGUGUUACAAAACGAAGAAGCAGUGACACAGUGUAAGCUUCGAUUAACGACGAGAAAACUGAGAGAACGUUUUUCAAUUCGGUACGUCGUCGAUUUCAGGCGUCGAGAAUCAGUGACUUAACAGUUUUUCUAUGUCUUUUCAUAAAGUGUCUUUUUUUUGUAAUUCGAACCGAUGAACGAAGAAAAGAUCUUUUGUUGUAACAGAGUCCGAUGAACAGGUAAACCAUUAACGGACUACUUUCGCGUAGUUUUCCGGGUUCAACGCUAACCGGUGAGAAUUGAAAUGUAUAAAGAUACAUUCUCGUCGAAUAGAAGAGAGGCAGGAAAUUUCAAAGAAAGUAUAUAUUUGAAAACGGUUCGAAUGUCGUUUCCGAUGUAGAAUGAUUUUAGAAGAUUUUUAGAAAAUUAUUUGAUAGACGUUAAUUGGAAAUCAUUAGAGUAGUUUCUUGCUUUCGGUAAAUUAAUUAAAACGAAAUAAUAGGAAAGCAAAACAAACUUAAUCCCUUUCGACGAAUAUCCUGUUUGAUUAAGUCAUAAUGGCAUUGCGCAACUUCUAAGUAAGAUGUUCCCAGGAUAUAUGAAGCGUCUCCUAAAUGUCCUGAACUUCAUGCAGACAUUUCUGCGCUAAUCCUGCGUUACUCUUAAUAAACGCCGUAUCGCGAGAACGCGAAAUCUGUGUUUUCAGUGAAAUUAUAAUUACAAAAUAAUAUCAAACAAACUUCACGUUUCUAAUUAAGAAAUAUCGAUAAUCUUUUAACACAUUGACUGCCAAGGUGAAGUUGGAAAUUUUAUCAAAUGGUAUGUAUUUGAUUUUUAACAAAUCUUAUCAAUUAUUCAUAAUUUCAAGUACCUAUAAUCCGUCCAAUGAGACGAGUCAGGUUAUAUUUACAAAUUCCCGCGCUCGACGCAAGGUCGAAUCGGGGCUCAGUUGUCUCCAGUUCUUCAAACGGUUCGGUCGAGGUUUCUGUACUGUGAGCCGGGCCUGCUUCGAACACGUGAAUUUUUUCGCAUUUACUGUCUUGUCUCGUUGGAUGAAGUAUAAUUAAGUAAGUAAAAUAAUUCCUAUGGUAAAUACGGCGGUCAUCGUGUUAAAAUAAUUUAUUUUCAGUUUGCGAAUAUUGGAAAUGACAUUCUCAACCAACGACGAGAUCGACUCAAUGUUUCUACACGCCUAUUUAGAUAGAAACUUGUAAUAGUUUUUAUAUUUCUGCAUUUAAGCACUCACGUGGUAAACACAUUCUUGUCUGUAAUCUAAUUAAGUGGAUUAUUGCGUCUAGUUCGUAGGAUGGAACGUACAUCAAACAUUCUUUUUGUACAUUACAUUUAUGAAUUAAAGUACGACACUGCCGAGAUGAAUUUUUAAUAUGAAAAAAAAAACAUUUGUAAGGAUAUUUUGUAACCGGUGAAUUUUUCUAGAAUGAAAAUCUUUACAACGUUUUAAUAUAACUUUAAUCUUUGUAUGUAUCUAUUUUUAUCAUCGAUUACUAUUAAAACGUUCUUGUAAGAAAUUAUUUUCUACAGCAAUAUCGUGGCUCACUUUUAAUCAAUUGUUCGUAAUAAAGUGUACGUCCAUUGGCUAGACGCAAAAAUCGGUGAAAGAAAAAUCACAUUCGAAUUCUAUGCUCAAGAACAAUAACUAAACUACUGUUGCGACUAGGCACUAAUCUUUAAGAGUGUUGCAUAUAAAAUUAUCCACAUUGUUUAAUAUCGGUAUUUCGUGAUAUCACGAGGUGCGUAAUGUAUGGUCGUGAAUUAGCUGUAAAAUAA